AUGGUACAUACAGAUGCUGUGGAGAGCAAAGAGUGCUUGAUUUGUGGAACUUCAGUGUUCCGUACCUCCAGUUCCAGUUUUCCUCACCUACCGUUCCAGUGUUCCUUACCUCUGGUUCUAGUGUUCCUCACCUCCAGUUCCAGUAUUGCUCACCUCCAGUUCCAGUAUUGCUCACCUCCAGUUCAAGUGUUCCUCACCUCCAAUUCCAGUGUUCCUCACCUCCGAUUCCAGUGUUCCUCACCUCCAAUUCCAAUGUUCCUCACCUCUGGAACUGGAGGUGAUAGAGUUGGCAAGCUCUUGCCUUCAAACCCAGACCAGCAACUGACUAGAGGUCUAGAAAAGGUGACCAUCCGUGAUAAUAGAGAUGAAGCUGUAAUAGUCCACUCGAAGGAAUACUCAUUAUGUGCCUUUCUCCUUGGCAGGAUUCUGCUGACUGUGGUUGUCAUUUUUCGAAUAUUAAUUGUGGCUAUUGUCGGAGAGACAGUCUAUGAAGAUGAACAGACCAUGUUCAUGUGCAACACUCUUCAGCCUGGCUGUAACCAAGCCUGCUACGAUCGAGCAUUCCCUAUCUCCCACAUCCGGUACUGGGUCUUCCAGAUCAUCUUAGUGUGUACCCCAAGCCUCUGUUUUAUCACAUACUCUGUCCACCAGUCGGCCAAGCAGAGGGACCGGAGAUAUUCCUUCCUCUAUCCCCUUUUAGAGAAGGAACUGCCACGAGAGAACCGAAGGAUGAAAAAUAUCAAUGGGAUUUUGAUGCAGAACCAGGACCUUUCGUCCAAGGAUGAGCCAGACUGUCUGGAGGUAAAAGAGAUCCCAAGCACGCCUAAAAAAGCAGCAAAGAGCCCCAAGGUCAAGCGACAAGAGGGCAUCUCACGCUUUUACAUCAUUCAGGUCUUCUUCAGGAAUGCUUUAGAGAUUGGUUUCCUGGCAGGACAGUACUUCCUUUAUGGUUUUAGCGUUCCACCCAUCUUUGAGUGUGACCGCUACCCUUGCGUAAAGGAAGUCGAGUGCUACGUAUCUCGGCCCACUGAGAAGACAGUCUUCCUGGUUUUCAUGUUUGCUGUAAGUGGCAUCUGUGUUCUUCUCAACUUAGCCGAGCUUAACCACCUUGGUUGGAGGAAAAUCAAGACAGCCAUGAGGGGAGUUCAGGCUCGCAGAAAGUCAGUUUGCGAGGUGCGUAAAAAGGAGCCAUCAACUCUGGCUCAAGUGCCAACAUUGGGGAGGACACAAUCCAGUGAGUCAGCUUAUGUUUGACCUCGUUGUGGUCACGCCCAUGGUUUGGAGUUCUCCUCUAUACUAUAGAGAAUGUAAUCGGAGCAUUAUUUAAUAUGGCUGAGUUUGGCUUCUGUCUUCCAACCACCAGUGGAGACCCUCCAGACUUUGUUAGUAGCCUUUGAUAACUGGAGUUGCUGGCUUAUUACAAGAAGAAGAAUCCAGCUUCCAGCGG